GUAAAAGUCACGUUGGAAGGAAGAGGGGAGAGAGAUAUCUGCUUACAGCUGCUGUCAGAUAUCCGAUCGGGUUCGCAUGGCGAGGAGGUAACCUGAUCGAGCGGGGAGGAGUGACUCUGCCAGGGAAGGCUCGAACAAAAAAAAAAAAUGUCUUCUUCUUCUGCCGGAGAGGUCACGGCAGUGAAUGACAUCAAGAGGGAAAAUGUGAAGGAGGUGGAUAAGCGUGAGAGCAUCAAGUUGGUGGCGCUGGACGCGGCGGAGUUGUCCAUGGAGCGCACGGCUCCCAACGCCGACGCGGUGCGCACGGAGCUGCUGGUGAGCGCCGCUUCCUCCCUGGCUUUCUCCCCGGAGCAAGUGGCGUGCGUGUGUGAGGCGCUGCAGCAGGGGGGCAACGUGGACCGGCUGGCGAGGUUCUUGUGGUCCUUACCUCAAAGCGACCUGCUCCGCGGCAACGAAAGCAUUCUGAAAGCCCAAGCCCUCGUUGCCUUCCAUCAGGCGCGCUAUCAGGAGCUCUACAGUAUUUUGGAGAACCAUAGUUUCAACCCGUCCAACCACACCUUUCUGCAGGAACUGUGGUACAAGGCCCGGUACACGGAGGCGGAGAAGGCGCGCGGGAGACCCCUGGGCGCCGUGGAUAAAUACCGGAUCCGGAGGAAAUACCCUCUCCCCAGGACUAUCUGGGACGGCGAGGAGACGGUUUAUUGUUUCAAGGAGAGGUCGCGGAACGCGCUGAAGGAUCUCUACAACCAGAACAGGUACCCGUCUCCAGCCGAGAAACGGAAUCUGGCCAAGAUAACCGGACUCUCCUUGACCCAAGUCAGCAACUGGUUCAAAAACAGGCGGCAGAGGGACAGAAACCCAUCGGAAGCGCAGUCCAAAAGUGAGUCUGAUGGAAACCACAGCACAGAGGACGAGUCCAGUAAGGGCCAGGAGGAGCUGUCCCCUCGUCCUCUCUCCAACUCUUCAGACGGAGUGAUAACCCACGGGAGCCUCCCGGCUCAGGCUGGACCUCUGGAUGGGGGGGUCGUCAUCCAGCAGAUCGGCGACAUCAAGAUGUCAGGAUCCAGCGGCGGUGGCGUCUACAACGGCAGCCUCGCAGCCACUAAUACUUCCUCCACCAUGUUUCACAAUGGCGGCUCAUCCUACCUCCACUCACCUGGAAACAUCCUGUUCAACGGGCUCAAUCUGGGCAUCCAGCCGCUGGCGUUCAACCCCCUGAGGCCGCCCGGCGGAGUGCUGCUGGGUGGCUCCGCGGGGGACAUGCACAUGCAGACGGGCCAGGAGAAGGGACUGGGCGGCGCUGAGGAGUCCGUCCUGCAGUACUCCUCCUACUCGGGCUGUGUGAACGGGUCGGAGGUGAAGCUGGAGGGCGUCCACACAAUGGCGGCCCAGAACGGAGGCUCCUCUGUGCUCACCUUCAGCUCGCCGUCUGCAGCUCUGCAGCUCGGCGGCUACAGUCUGGUACCGGUACCGAGCGGAGUCCCUGACAACGACGGCAGCGCACUGCUCAACAGUGAUGUAGGUCUUCCUCCUCUACAACUGCCGUCUGCUUCAUCUUCCUCAACAAUUACUCAACAAGGUAACAUGUCUCUGAACAACGCAGCGGUGAGCUCGUCCAGUGAAGACUCCUUCCAGCCGCAGGACAAGCUGACCAUGACGUCUCUGCACCACAACAGCGUCCUCUACAGCCUGAGCAACCACACCGCCAUCAAGAAGGAGCCUCUGGACGGCGGCAUUUACUCCUCGUACCACGCCGGGCUGCACCUGGACCCCAGCGGUCAGAUCAGCUACACCGGCCCCGACUCGGCCUCCAGCCACGCCGCCGCCGCCGCCGCCACCACCGACGCCACUGUCAGCUCGUCCAGCUCCGAGCCGGAGGUCUACACCACCCUCACCAACAGCACGCCUCUGAUGGCUCCGACGGACCAGGACGCCCAUCACCACCUGCAGCCGGCGGAAUACCUGGGCUCCCACGAGGUGCACCGAGGGGCCCCGCCCUCACACCUGAUGGGCCCCGGGAUGAACAGCGACUACAUGAACCUGCAGGAGAGCAAGGCGGACGGCUCGGGAUCCGGGGGGAUGAACGAGAUGGUGCGGGCGAUGUGCGGAGAGCUGGGAGAGGGGAAGGAGCUAGCCAAACUACAGACUGUGCAGAUGGACGAGGGCAUGUCCGACCUUUAACCUCAGACUUUGAAGCACUCACAUCCACCUGGGCAGUCAUAUGAUGAAUCUUUUUACUCUUCUGUGUGUGUGUGUGAGUGUGAGUUUUUAAGCAUUGAUUUCCUUUAAAUUAUUUGCUUUUAUUUUCACUUUUGAAAUGCACUCUAGUCAGAAAGGAUUCGCGUGGGUGGGAUGCUUCAGCUUUUUACAAAAACGUAAAAAUAAAAGAGGCUGUGACGUGUUAAAAAACGUUCAUGUGAAGAACUAGUGAGACCUAGUCCACAUGUAGCCGGUUAUCUGAGAAAACAAAUACAUUUUUACAAGUUAUCCUCCUUCAUCCACACGAAAACUGUUUAAUAUCACUGAAAACGAUUACGUUUUUAGUGAUAUUAAAACGUAAUAUCACUAAAAACAUAUACAAAACUCCGUAUAUGUGUUUAGGGUCCCAUAUAUUACAAUUUGCGGCAAAUAAUGCGUCAAUGUAUCCACAAACUUGCUUUAACAUGAUUCCCAAACUACAUCGUUUUGUAUUUUAUUACCUUUAUAUUCUAAUUCGCUAUUUAAAAGUAGUUCAACUUGUAUAUCCGUCUGCACAAGAGAACCUCCAGGCGACAUGUUUGACUCCUAACGGAAAGUAGUGACUGUUUUGAAGCGAUCUGAUUGGCCGACGUAGGUUUUAGUUUUGCGCUACACUGCCCCCUAUGGGUUUGGCGUGUUUAAAACAACGCUCAGGGACGUAACCGAUCCCUUGUUUUCGAUCUAAAUUUUUAAACAAUAUUGCAGAGAUAUUUACGACGGCGAAUUAGGGUCAUCCUGGAUAGUAUAAAAAAGGAUAAUUAAAUUUCAGCAGAAAAACUCAGAAAUUUUGAGAUUGAUUUCAGAAAAUUUCUAGAAAAAAAGUUGAAAAUUUGCAAGAAAAAAAAAAAAAGAUUCUUAUAAAU